AUGUCUCGUCCACCUGUUUCGGGGCUUCGUCGCGACAGUAUAAGCAUCAAAGGUAUGCGGCGGAUGUCCAGUCUACGUGACGGCGGACCUGCCUACCCACAUGAUGAUAUACCCGACGAUGUGCUGUAUCGUCACUGCUCUGACCAGGCUCCUCCUGUUGUUCGAAUGAAACAUUUGCUACGUUGGACACUGCACCGUUCUAUCUCCCAAGCCCUUGCCGAGGCGCCAUUUCCUGCGUCCCGGAAACGGAAGCAUGGAAGUUCACGUCGCGACGAACAGAAUGGUAUGAGCCUAUUAUCUCCUUUACCGCUCUCUGUAGAGCAGUCGCUCAGCGACAAAGACGUUCAGCAUAUUUCUGAGUCUGCCCCGCUACUCCGCAAAGUCAUGGAUGAUACCUUACGCGAUUUACAUGAUGGUCUCAUUGGUAUAAGUUGGCUUCAUCAAUCGCAUGGAAAAGACCAGACCCCUCUUCAGCCACAUCCCCGAAAUGCGUCAAACAGGCACGCUGAAAAGCAACUUUUGGGCAUGCUGGAUCAGCUUCGCAAAGAACUUUUCGCUUGGGAUCAAUGUGAAGCUGAUAUUCGUGCGCUUCAUGCAGAGGCAGAUGAAAUUGAAGCACAGGCAAGUCAAAUUCGUGAACACACGACGUCUCGCCGAAAGGGUCGUUUUCACUCCGCUGAUCAUGCUUCUGAAGCGAACGUGGAUGAAGAACAAUCUAUUGCCAACGAAAUCGAGACGGCGUUGUCCACCGACGCACCUGAUGACCAAUUACCCUGGACUUUGCAUGAUAUGGACAAGGAUUCAAAGCGGCAGCUCGAUCUUGUAACUCGUAUCCUUUCUGACGCUGAAACUCUAGACAAGGCUGUUACUCUUGCGAAAGAAGGCCAUUCCACUCUAGGCAUACAGUUUGAAGGCACUGAGGUGGACUCUCGGUUGACGGCGUUGGAAUUCUCCAUCGACAAGAUCAAGAAGCGGCUCUACUGCAUGGAACAACUGGACGAACUCUCCAGCGAUUACAUUCGUCGAGUCUCUCAUCGCGCUGCGCAAGCACUUAGAGAAAGGACAACUGCCGGUCUAGCUACUUUCUCAGGUGCCCUGUCAGCCACUGGUCUUGAUCCCUCUACAAACUCUGCCUCAUCCCAGCAGCAACUUGACACCCUGCUGGCUGGCGUCAGCAAUCCCAGUGAUUCUAACUCGGAUACAUUAAAUACUUCUCUUACUGCACCAACGGACUCAAGGCUGUUGCUUCAAGCCUUGGCGCGUGGGCAGCCUUCUUAA